UAAUCAACCAUAUUGUUACGACUAAUUAGUUUCACCUUCAAAGCUUCGUCAACAAUCCAAGAUAUAUAUAAAGAGAGUCCAUCUACCAGAACAUACAAAAUAUCAAACUUCAACCCUUUAACUAGUUCAAUAACCUUAUCAAUCUUUUUAUUCUACACGUGUGAUCAUGGAGAAAAACCUUAAGCUGAGGAACAAGAUCUUGAAGAUAUUACCAAAAACUAUCACUAUAAACUUUCAAAACCAUCCAUUCAGUCCAGGUAGGGAUCACAAAUCAAGACAAGAUAACGCAACAAAGUGGGCAAGACCUCACGGUGUCAAGGGAUUUUCAGGUCCAAUCCAAUCCAUAAUUCCACGUGAAGCUAGAAGAAAGUCCAAAGAUAUUAAUGGAAUUGAUUAUGAAGAACCCACUUCACCAAAAAUAUCGUGCAUGGGACAAAUCAAGCACAAGAAGAAACAAAUAAAAAAAUCGAAAGACAUGGAAGUGAAGAAACAUGUAAACACUUUUCAAAAGAUGUUGUUUCAUGUUGGGAAACCAAAAUCUGAAGGAAGAAGGAAAUCAGAUGCAUGUGCAGUUCAAGAUAAAAAAUAUGCAAUUGAGGAAAGAGCAACACAUGUGAGUCAAAUGAAACGUUUUGCAAGUGGACGUGACACUUUUGCUAAUUUUGAUUGGAAGGCUCAAGUAGCACCAGAAGAAAUAGAUAAUUACUAUUCUGAUGAAGAGAGAAUGCAAAGUGAUGAUGAUGAUGAUGAAGAAGAGUUUAAGAUCCCUUUCUCUGCACCUCUUGGUGGUGGUGUUGGUGCUUGUAGUCUUGGACUUGAUUUGAAGCCACGAAAAGAAAUUAAUCUAUGGAAGAGAAGGACCAUGGCUCCACCUAGGCCUCUACAACUGGAUCCAGUAAAUUAGAUCAAACUUGGUUCUUAAUUGCUCAUUAAAAUAUGAAGACUUGUUCUUUCGAUUUUUUUAUUUUAUUUUUUAUAUUUGAUUAAUUAGUUUAAUAGGACAUUUUGUAAAGAACUACCGCCAGAUUUGUGUACAAAUAUACGUAAGCGUGGACAUUAGUUGUGUUAUAAAUUAUUUCAAUUUUUUUAUAACAGAUUAUUUAGAUUUUAGAUA